CAGCGCUGCAGUGACCCCAACGCGGGGCUCGCGCUGCCGCCGUGUCCGUUGGGGCUCGCGCUGCCGGUCGGGCCCCGGCCGCCGGGGAGGAUGCGGCGCUACGUGCGCGUGGCGCUGCUGUGCCUGGGCUGUGGCUUGUGCUCGCUGCUCUACGGCUCCAGCCAGCUGGCCCUGGAGCAGGAGCCUGCCUGGGGGAAGCCGCAGGCCCGAGACCCCGCCGCUCCCGUCCGGAGACAGCGCGCCGGCGGCGGGAGGGUGGCGGCGGCGGCGGGAAGCGCAGGCCGCGGGGAGCCGGAGCUGCCAGACAGGUGUAAGAAUUUGUCUAUAUCUUACUGGAAUUCCUAUUGGAUGCUGCCCUCUGAUGUUUGUGGAAUGAACUGCUUUUGGGAAGCUGCUUUUAGAUAUGAUUUUAUGAAAACGCAGCCUGCUGAGAAGAUGCAUCUAGCAGUGGUUGCCUGUGGUGAAAGGCUGGAGGAGACUGUUACUAUGUUGAAAUCAGCCAUUAUUUUCAGCAUCCAACCUCUACAGUUUCAUAUUUUUGCAGAGGGCCAACUGCACAACAGCUUCAAAGGCAUACUCAAUGGUUUGCCAUAUCAAGGAAAAUUUAAUUAUACCGUAUACCCAAUAACAUUUCCAACUGAGAGUGCAGCAGAAUGGAAGAAACUGUUUAAACCCUGUGCUUCACAAAGGCUAUUCUUGCCAUUAAUCCUCAAAGAUGUGGAUUCAUUACUGUAUGUUGAUACUGACAUCCUGUUUUUGAGACCUGUUGAUGAUAUUUGGUCUUUUCUGAAAAAAUUUAAUUCCACACACAUUGCUGCAAUGGCACCAGAACACGAGGAACCUCGUAUUGGAUGGUAUAAUCGCUUUGCUAGACACCCAUAUUAUGGAAUAACUGGAAUAAAUUCUGGAGUAAUGCUAAUGAAUAUGACACGUAUAAGAAGAAAGUAUUUCAAGAAUGAUAUGACAACUGCUCGGCUACAGUGGGGAGAAAUUCUUAUGCCAUUGCUUAAAAAAUAUAAACUAAACAUAACAUGGGGUGAUCAAGAUCUGUUGAAUAUUAUGUUUUUUCAUAAUCCAGAGAGCCUUUUUGUCUUUCCCUGUCAAUGGAAUUAUCGUCCUGAUCACUGCAUUUAUGGAAGCAAUUGUAAGGAAGCUGAAGAAAAAGGAAUAUUUAUUCUUCAUGGAAACAGAGGUGUUUACCAUGAUGAUAAACAACCAACUUUUAGGGCUAUUUAUGAAGCAAUAAAAAAAUAUUCCUUUGGUGAUGACCUGGUUAAUUUCCUGUUACAGCCCCUAGAACUGGAACUGCAGAAGACAAUGCAUACGUACUGUGGAAGAAUAUACAAAGUGUUCAUAAAGCAGCUAACAAAAAGCAUAAGAGAUAUUUAUGAUAGAAGAUCAAAGGGAAGUUGAUUCUUACUACAAACUCACAAAACUAUUGAAUUCAAACAAAGACGGAAUAUAUAAAAUGUAUGAAGGAUGUUCAUGCAAGAAAUAUAAUAUUGCUUGAAUCACCUAUUCCUAGCGUGCCUAGGUAAAUGUUUACCCGUGUAGAUAAAAUGAAGAAACUGUUCAUAUUAUGAAGAAUACACUUUCCAGCAAAGAAGAUAGAUUUGAUUUUUUAAUCACUGCUAAUUUUCAUUCCAGUUCUAGUGAAUAUGGGAGUUACUGGCUGUUCUAGUCGGGUUUUUUUAUUCUGCAUAAUUCAGUUGCCUGUUAUACUCAAAUGGGUAAAACAGAAAUGAAGAUAGAUCUAUUGGUAGAAUGUACCUCAUACAUUAUCUAUGAUUCUGCUAAACUGUGAAUGUAGCAAUAAUUGAGUCAGCACUAACCUCACUUUAAAAGUGUGAGAACAAAGUUGUUUACAAGGGCAGAAGUUAUUCUGUUUUCAAAGAAAUGUGAUGUAACCAUUGACAAUCUGUAUGUGCCUUUAGAUGUGUUCAUCUCCUACAUGUUAAAAUAUUGUUUUGACAAUCAUGUUUCAUAUUUUAGAUGUAAACUGCACAUUAUAAACAAGAUUUUCAAAGCAAUUAA